UUCCAAAAUGGCGGCAGCGAUGGAUGUAGAUACCCGGAGCGGCACCAACAGCGGCGCGGGCAAGAAGCGCUUUGAAGUGAAAAAGUGGAAUGCAGUAGCCCUCUGGGCCUGGGAUAUUGUGGUUGAUAACUGUGCCAUCUGCGGGAACCACAUUAUGGAUCUUUGCAUAGAAUGUCAAGCUAACCAGGCGUCUGCUACUUCUGAAGAGUGCGCUGUUGCGUGGGGAGUCUGUAGCCAUGCCUUUCACUUCCACUGCAUCUCUCGCUGGCUCAAAACACGGUGUCAAAUAAAAUCCAGUUGGAUUCUAGAUCAGAUGCUGUCUCUUGUGUAUGUGAAAAAAGUGAACCAUAAAGAUUGGAAAGUCAGCUUUGGAAAGUGA